CUUCAAUUUCAGCAAUGGUGAAAGCCCUGGUGACAUUUAUCCUUCAAAAAUGGUCCGACCAACUCCAGCAGCAGCCACUGCUUCUGCAUGGAGUCAUGGAAGACGUCCAGUGGAUUCUUGGCGAGCUCAAGUCCCUGAAACCUUUUCUCAACGACGCAGAAAGAAGGGUCAGAAUCGAAAGAGAUGAACCAGUGGUUUCAUGGGUUCGAUUGCUCAGAUGGGUAGUCUUUGAAUCCGAAGACGCCAUUGAUGAGUUCAUGGUCAGAACAGAGUCGCAGAAACUUCUGGGUUCUCCGGAAGCCAUGAACUUCAUUCAUCAGCAACGAUUCAGUAAUCGAUUCAUGAAGGUUCGGAGAGAAUUGGAAGAAAUCCACAAAGGAAUUAAUGAAUGUGGAUUUAAGGCUUCCAUCAGCAAAGUCAAAAUUCCAUGCAUUCCUUCUCGUUUCACUGGAGAAAUUGAUUUGGUGGGGCGUGAAAAGGACUUGAAGCAGGUGGAGGAAUGGUUGCUCGGAGGAGAAACGCAGCGACGUAGCAUGAUUUCAUUGGUUGGGGUGGCUGGUUCGGGAAAGACCAGUCUAGCAAAGAAAGCUUACCGCUUCAUGGAGAGACACUUUGAUUGCUUUGCUUGGGUUAUUGUUUCUGGUUGUGUCAACAUUUGGGAUCUCUUGAAUAAAAUCCUUAAAGCAUUUUAUAAAAGCAGGGAAGAGAAGACUCCGGACGGCAUUGAAUCCAAGAAAGACGAGGAGCUACAGGGAGCAAUUCUGAACUACUUGCAGGGGAAGAGGUAUGGACUAGUCCUUGAUGAUAUUUGGGAAGUUGGUGUUUGGGAAGAAUUAAAAUCUGCAUUUCCUCUAAAGGGUAAUGGGAGGAUAAUCUUCACCACCACCAGUACUGAAUUUAUCAAUUUAGAUAAAGAAGUGUUCCAUGUUCAUAUGCUCAACACUCUAUCUAAUAGUCUUGCUUUGGAUCUGUUCUGUAAGAAAUCAUUUCAUGGAGUAGAAUUCCCACAAUACUUGAAGGAAUUAGCCCUUAAAAUGGUGAAACAUUGCCAUGGAUUGCCCCUUGCAGUGAUGUCCUUGGGAGGACUAAUGGCAAGAAUGGGUACUGAUCAAACAGAUUGGAAAACUGUCCUUGAAGAUCUCAAUGGAGCUCGAAAUUUAGAUGGAUCAGUGAAUCAAGUGUUGCUCACAUGUUACAACUUCUUAACCCCUCACCUUAAGUAUUGUUUCUUGUAUUGUGCUCUGUUCCCCAAGGGCUAUGACAUCGCAAAGAACACAUUCACAAAGUUGUUCGUAGCUGAAGGAAUCGUAGAGGAACUACCUGGGAAGACACCGGAAGAUGUCGUCGUUGAUUACUUAGCGGAGCUCGUCGAUAGGGGCAUGCUUGAACCCAUUAUGUACUACUCUGAUUGCAAUCUGCGAAGAUGCAGAAUGCAUGAUCUAGUGCAUGAUUUCGCAAAUCAAAUGCUUGAGGAGGAGGACUUUGGAGUGAUCCAUAGUUCAAAAAUCACAAAGUUUACCAAAUGGGUUCGUCGAAUUGCAGUUCAUAAUGACAGCAUUGGUUCUCUGGCUAAGAUUGUUAAGUUGAAUCUUCGAUCCUUGAUCAUGACUAGCAUUCAUCAAUUCCCUUCCUACAUGAAUCAAGUGAUAUUGAGUCCUAAAUUAUUGAGAGUGCUAGUUUUGGAAGAUGUGGCCAUUGAGACAUUGCCUGAAGUGGUUGGUGAUCUCAUUCAUCUUCGCUAUUUGAGCAUAGUUAAAUCAGGAAUCAAAGUUCUCCCUGCUUCAAUAGGAAAGCUGCAGAAUCUACUAACUUUGUUUGCUGAGAAGAACAAGGUAACAAGCUUACCAGCUGAAAUUGCUUCGCUACAUAAACUGCGGCAUCUUGUGGUUGGUGAUUACCCUAAAAGUGUUGUGCCGGUGCCGGGUGGGAUUAAAAAUCUAAGCAACCUGCAAAUACUGUUUGGAGUGAUGAUUGAUUCCAAUUUCAUGGAUGAGUUGAGCUCUUUAACCCAACUCAUGAAAUUGGAUAUAGGAGAAGUGAAAGAUGGAGAUGAGCUUAGAAAACUAUGCAAUUCACUCCAGCAAUUGAAAUGCCUUCGUCACCUAGCCAUCCGUAUGUCCACCAGUAAUGUGGAAGACAGAAGCAAACAUCAAGAAUUAGGGUUUUUGAUGCCUCCACCUUGCCUUGAAGAUCUGUAUUUCAAUGGGAGUUUGAAGGAGUUACCCAGAUGGGUGGCUUCCCAUAACACCCUUCGCAUGGUACAGCUUGUUGGAGCUAAAUUGAUGGAGGAUCCAUUAAGCACUUUUUCUCAGUUACCCAAUCUAGUCUAUUUGGGUCUAGAGGAAGCUUACAUGGGGACAAAGAUGAGUUGCAGUGAGAGAGCAUUUCCUAAGCUCAGGAGCUUGGAUUUAGCAAAAAUGGAGAGGUUGGAAGAGUGGAAUGAAAUCAAGGAGGGAUCAUUUCAGAAAUUGGAAUACCUAACAAUUGGUGACUGCAAGAAGUUGAAGAGGCUUCCACAAGGGUUUCAACAAUUCAAAGUCCUUCAAAGGUUGCUGUUAGUAAACAUGGCAGAGGAAUUUGUUAGGAGGGUGAGUAUUGGAGGGGAGGACCAUUUUAUGGUUCAACAGGUUCCAAGAAUUCUUGUUUCACACAAGUAUGAUGAGAAAAUGAGACUAUUCUCUACAUGAUUGAGUACAUUUAUUUGUAUCCAGUUUCUUGAUUUAUGUAACACCUUAACCCUUCAUUUUAUUGUAAA